AUGUCAUCCUCUCGCAAGACCGAGGACGUUGCCCAUGUGCCGCCCACCCUCUCGGACCUCCACUGCUUCACCGAGACGGAGGGCGUCAUCACGACCACCAUGUUCGACAUACCCGGGUAUCGCGUCGUCCGCACCCUCGGCGCCGUUUACGGUCUCACCGUCCGUUCCCGCAACUGGGCCGCCGGGCUCGGCAUGGUCCUCAAGUCCAUCGCCGGCGGCGAGCUGCGCUGGUUCACCACGAUGCUCUACAGCUGCCGCAACGACGCCAUCUCGCGCGUCGUCACCGAGACCAAGUCGAGGGGCGGCAACGCCGUCAUUGCGCUGCGGUUCGAUGCCGGGGAGCUGGGCGGCUUCGCCCAGGUCUGCGCGUACGGGACGGCCUGUGUCGUGGAGAAGAUUGAAGACCACAAGGGGGUGGCGCCGCAGUUGCAGGCGUGA